AUGCCUCUCCAGACCUACCACCAUUCCUCCUCCGUCAAGGGCCUCUCCAGUAUCACGACUUUGAUUGUGGGUACUAGGGAGGCCAUAUUAAUUGACCCUCCCUUCCUGGUUCCCGAUGCCAAGGCGGUCAUCACUUGGGUCCAAGCCACAAUCCAUGUCCCUCUCAAAGCUGUAUUUGUAACACAUCACCAUCCCGACCACUUCUUCUCGGCAAAUCCUAUCUUGGAAACUUUUCCAACUGCCAAUUUUUACGCCGCGCCGUACGUGCUCGCUGGAAUCAACCGCGAGUAUGAUGAUAAAGUGAAAUACUGGCCGACGAUCUUUGGAAAAGAGAAUGUCCCAGAGGCCCCUAAGAAGCCCGAAGAAUUCAUCUUCAGCUUUUUCAUGUUGCAAGGCAACCCAGAUAGCCCAGUGGUGCUCUUGGGCCCGCUCCAGGGUGACUCUGUUGAUCACACGGUGUUCUGGAUGCCUACCGAAAGAACAGUCAUUUGUGGCGACACAGUCUACGGAAGAAGCACACACGUUUGGGUGGAAGAGGUCGAAACGCCUGCUUUACUCCAAGCAUGGAUCCAGACUUUGGAACUUAUCACGGCCCUGCAGCCAGUGAAACUCAUCCCUGGCCAUAUGGAGGCAGGAUGGGACCUAGAUCCUGAGGCUGAUCUCGUCCAUACCAAGAAGUAUCUUGGACUGCUUGGGGAGAAAGUGACAUACGCUCCCACUAAAUUGCAAGUUAACGAACUAUUUGAAUACUUCAAGAAUGCGUUCCCGCAGUGCCAAGAGAAUCUGGAUUUCUUCUUGGGUCACUUGUCAAAUCAAUUUGGCGAAGGUGGACAGGUUUGGGAGGAGAACAGGCAUCAUGCAGUGGAUAAGCGGACUUUGAAAGGUCUCAACGGUUAUUUAUUUUAG